GAAAUUUACCAGUUUACCAUGACUAAUGUGUGAAAUCUGUCAUCUAUUUUCAUGAUUUACACAAGGUCCUAAUAAGAAGCACAGAAAGUUGAUAACACAGCAUGAAUACUAGCUUGUAGAUCUACCUACAUACUUUAGGAAGCGUAUUUGUCAUUACUUUGUUAGAGCCAUUGCUGUAUCUAUGAUAUCAUCACUGUAAACUGCUGUUACUAACAUGACAAAACAUAUUCUUGUCUGUUAUUCAGAACUUAAAUCAAAUGAUGCAAUGCUAUCAUAAAAGAAAUAACUGACACUCUGGAAGGGGAAGACAGAGGUUUUUUUGCCUGCUAACAACUGAUAGAAAAAGACUUCCAAAAGAACAGGGAAUUUCACAUAAUCCAUUAGUUAUUAUGGAUGGCACUCUUAAUUUCCCAACUCUUAUGUGGGAAAUCCUUUAAGAGUUGGAAUUUAGCUCACUUCUUUGUGUAUUUCUUAUAAACAUGGUCUGGGCAAAGCAGAGAACACAGUCAUGAACACAGUCAAAAAAAAACCACCCAGGUUACCUGAGUCAAGGCUCAGAAACAUUUAAGGUAGUGCCGGUGACAACUGUGAAGUUCAAAACCAAGAUUUCCUGUGUUUUGAAACAGGGUUCUGUCAUGGUGUUUGAAGAAGGACAAAAUAUGACCUUUGAACUGGUCAUUGCAUGAUGAGGACAUCAGCAUAUGUCUUCUGCGUACAUCCUCUUCUGAUUGCUUUACAGAUUUUGGUGCUAGGUCAAAAAAAUUGGAUGAAUAUUGCUGUACUGCUGUUCCUGACAGAUCACUUCUGCCUCCAAAGAAAAAAGACUUCCCAAUUUCUUAUGUAAUUUAUAGAAUGGUUGAGUAGUUUCUGAAUGGGACAUUAAAUAAAAAAAUAAAGAGUACGCUUACAAAACAAAAGUUUGUUUGUUUGUUGUAAUAAAAUAUAAUCCUUGUUUAGAGCAAGCAGGCCUUUUCAGCAAGAAUUAUACUUCUUAUUGGACCUUUCUUCCAACAAUGGUCUUCAGUAUUACCCAAGCUAUAUAUCACAUCACAUAUAAUGCCACAAAAAAUAAUGAGAGACAUUUAAAUUGAUACAAGAAUCUCAGAUGAAGUUUGGAAUAUGUGAGCUGCCUCUACAUGGGUUGAGUGCAGAGCAUGAGAACAAAAUCAAGUCACAAACUGAAGGACAGCAAAGCAAGUAAACUCCAGGGCUGCCUCCUAACAUGCUGAGCAAUGCAUGGAUAGGCACAGAUUCUGGAGUAGGGACCCAGACCUAAUAACAUUGAUUCAGCCUCCUCAGACAGGCUAACAUGAAGCUCCAUUUCACUUCAGUUAAUAGCUAUUGAUAUGGAAAGUUAUGUGGUCUUAAAGGACCUAUGAAAGUACUUAAGCCAACACAUCUGGGUUAGAAAAUACUAUCUGAAAUCAACACAUUUUCUACUAUAAAACAAAAGGGAUUGCAGCAGCUAAUAGUGUCCACAUAAAUUUCUAUUUCAUUGUAAGCUAUUUAUAUAUACCACCUAUGUUAAUAUUGGGACUUGAUGGUCUUAGAGGUCUUUGCCAAUCCAGAUGAGUCUAUGAUGUCACCGACUAUCAGUCUGUGACAUCACCUGUCAGUGGAUUGUGACUGUGUGGCCCUCACUGCUCAUAGUGGGGUGCCAGCAGAGCCUGGCUCAGUCUGGCUUGUUCCUGGACGGUGCUGAGCAGCUCUGCGAGGCCUGGAGGUCAAGCAAGGUUUUGGCUGUGCUGUGCUGGGUCGUGCCUGGGGCUGCUCGCAGCAUCUCAGUGCCUGACCCCACAGUAUUGCUUCUGUUUCCCUGGCCCUGCCUAGUUCAGGCAGCUGGGACCCUACUGAGCGCACCCGCAGCAGCAGAGGGCGAGACACCACCGCUGCAGCUGCGUUGAAGGAGAACAACUCAUCAUCUUCGGUUCUCCCAUCCCCUGCAGCAAGAAGACCAUGGCUGCAGAAGAUGCAUGGACAUGUCCUGUCUGCCGCGAUGUGCGACAGGACAUCGCCUAUGUGAUUCCAUGUAAUCACAUGUUCUGCACUGGCUGCAUCCUGCAGUGGGCGAUGUUGAGAAACAGCUGCCCACUGUGCAGGACAGUCAUGCAGACCAUUCGGGUCUCUGUGCCGGGAGGCAAUCUGUACGUAGAGUGCAUUGUCUCCCCACCCGCGCUGCCCAUGCCUGUCAGCAUUGACACCAUCACUGCCACUGGCCCUGACAGUGCUGAGGCAUCUCUUUCACCCCCUCCACCACCAUCCCCUGAGCUGAUUGCUCCAGAGCCAGAGAGGGUGGGUGGCCUCCUAGCGGAGGAAUGGGCAGCACUUUUCACGGUCAGACGAGACAUCCUUGACCCAGUGCUGCCCUGGCUUGAGCAGCAGUUGUCACACAUCCAUGUGCUGUGCCAGUGGCAAAUCAACUGGCUAAAGAACAUGAUCGUGUCACACCUGUGCCAGGUGGGGCUGGACAGGGACGCCCUGGCACAGCGCUUACAGGGCAUGCUGGGACCCAUAGCGAUGCCAUUCACUGAGAUCAUCAUUGAAAUCAUCCAGAGACUGUGCAUCCAGGAGGCCCGGAGACUGCUGGGCCUCGAAGACUCCAGCACUGCCCAGGAGCAGCAGGGCAGCCCUGAAGACCCCGGCGCUGCCCAGUCGCAGGAGGACGGCCCCGCGGCCGCUUCCGACCCUGCUGCCUCCUCGCAAGAUACCGCCGCCCCCAGCGCAGAGGAGCUUCCCGGCACGUCCAGCGGGGCCCUCAGCGAGGUUGCAGGCGAGCUCCCCGCCGCACCCAGCCCCCGGGAGCGGGAGCAGCCCAGCGAGGAGCCGAGUCCCGAGGCAGCCGGUCCCUCCGAGCAGCUCUACAACCGCGGCCCUUCCACUCGCGGCCGGGGCAGGAAGCGCUCGGCUAGGAGGCCCAGGCGCCCCACCAAAAGGAGGGCCGGCAGCGCCCAGCGCGAUCCUCCGCCCAGCAAGAGGCGGCGCCCCCGGCGCCUCUAGCGGUGUCACACACGUUUUCAAUAAAAUUAAAAGUGAUUGUUCCACAUGAAGUCUCGUUCCUACUCAAAACAGAGCUGGUGCUGUUAUGUGCAUGUUGCUGUUUCCCAGAGGUGCUUAAAGAAAGGGAAAAUGGGAUCCUUGGGGACACAUUUUAGUGGUAGGCCUGAUAAGGGAAGGUGAACAGUGGGAGCUGAUGAUCACAAAGAUCUUU